GGGCAGUAGUAGUGCCUGGUAGAAGUGCACAUUCGGUUGCGAUGUUUAUCUGGCAAUAUGAUCACCUCGCACCAAAGUUUCGGGUAGUUCAAACGAAGCUCCAGCAAGACAAUGUUACGCCACUGGCAUGGUGCAGAUCAGCCACGUAUGCUAUAGCAGUGAGUGAUAUCGGCGCAUCAGCCCAAGCCUCAGGGUCUUGGAUCUGUGUUACAAAUGUAUUGCUGAUCGGUGGAACUUCACGCGCAGUAUUCUGCAUCUGAUUUCCUCGGGCUCUCGUCCGAGGAAAUCCUAAUCCUCACAGCCUGCGCUGUCGCGAGGCUAAGUGAGACCAAUUUCUAAGAGUAAGGAAAUUCUCACAUUGACAAUGCGCUCUCAGUCCCUCGUGGCAGCUCUGAGCCUAGUAGGGUCAGCAACUCUAGCAUUUCAUCACCAAUUUCCGGUCAAUACUGCUGGAGAAACUGGCGUUCGACCCUUGAAUAUCGUCAACUUGAACGCGGACAAUGCAUCUCUAAAUAAUUUCAGCUCAAACGCUGAGCAAUGGAGAUUCGACGAAGGUCCUCCCGAGAACGCGACGGGAAACUUGAUCUUUGACACUGUCAAUUCAUUCCUGCAGCACUGGCCAAAUACACGAUACCGUAACGGACAUAACAUAGUACCAGGAGUGAUUCCAAUCGGUACUCUGCUUUAUCACGGCACCAGCCGCAAUAAAAUACCUAGUGAGCCCGAAUGGAUUGCUACAGACCCAGAGCAUUCGAUUUUUUUCGCUCGUGGAAGAGAUGGGCGUGCUUGGCACCUGACGCUGGCAGCAACGCGAUCUCUUAAAAUAUUGUACUUUGACGGAAGCAGUGCUGCCAAGGUAAUGGACGGUACGAUGGACAUCCAGUUUAUUGUAGCCUGGGGAGAGUCGAUACCGGAGCGAGCCGGCGACGAAGAAGUGAUUAAAGCUCUUUGUACGUGGGGAAAGGAGUUUGGAAUUGACGGUUUCGCGAGGAUGGAAAUGGACUUUGAAGUUAUGUUGUGUGAUUUUACGGCUGGUGUCGAGGUAGUAUCUUUCUUGCAUGUCGUCGUACCAAAGGGCGAAAUGAGCUACCCUCAGCCUCCUCCAUUUGAUUCUGACAUCUGGAUGCGCAGAUUUGAAGGCAUGCAUGCUGGCUCAUGGCACAAUCGCUACCCAGGAGAUUCGCGCAUCGUACUCGACCUAACUGGUCUCAUCUCAUUGUAUGAUACAGCGCUGGCACCUUCCCUCGUCCCGGUUCGCGCGGGUCUUGAACGGUGCGACCACCGCGUUCUCGGAAUAUCAUCAAAUGAUAUAUCGCGGUUGAUGAGAAAGCUCACAGAAGUUGUCAGUCGACCAGACCCUGUGGGCAGCGGUAUCGACUGGAAGACUCUUAUCCACGUCAUCGUCGAUCGAUACGCGGAUCGACUCGAGUUGAUGCAGCAUAUUCUCAAUUUCACCUCAUCAGACUCGCAAGAACUCCUUCAACGAGCGAAGCUGGCGCAGGCCCAGCUCCGUAUUAUGCUUACGCCCUACUUAUUACAUUCCACCGUCGUUCCGAGCCCAGACGCUUCAGGCAUAGAUGCACCGCAGUGGGCGUGGGCAUCCCAAAUAUUCAGGCAUUGUGCUACAACACACACGUCGGGGAUGACAAACCAAAUACCCUUUAUGACAUCUUCGGAACACUUGCUGCUGACAGCCGUCGAGGAUACAACGAGAGAAAUCUGCCGUGUCACAACGAAAAUGUGGGCCGACGGUGUGAUGAGCGGGCUCGACACCCUCUUUGAGGUGGAACGUAAUGGGGAGCCCGAAGUCACUCGAUUGAUGAGUGAAUGGAGAGAAGAAAUCUAUAAGCUGAUGUCUUGGUUAGACUGGAGUGUAUGGAUCAAAUGCCGACCUGCCUGCGGCCCAGAGGAAAUAUGCUUCCUCCCUACUUGGCCCGUCAGUGCCCCCUUGCCAGAGGAUCCGCCUCCGCGGUACUCACGGAACACCACGGAUGCUCCAGAAGCAAAGUAUCUCGCUGAUCAAGUCAGACCUCCGCCCGAGGGCCAAGCCAUCGCCAAUGCGAUUUUAUUCCUUUCUACACCGGCAGAGGAUUGGAGGAAGCCUCAACCAAAGUGCAUUAGGCGCCUCCAGCCAUACAGAUUUUAAUCACGCUAGGCGUUCACAUUGUUCUUGAAGUUGUGAGCCAUUGAAUGCAUGCUUUCUAAUAGUCCUGGGCUUGAUAAGGUGCACAAAGUGUGUCGCUGCUGGAGUUUAGAUCUAGACUAGUAGUCUAUGUAAUAGAAUACCUAGUAAUGAGAGUAUACAAUUCAUUCGUAUAGUGAAGAAAGUCAAGCAUGCCUGUACCGCACGGCGCAUGUAUUCCAAACGGCCUGCAGAAAAUGGUUGAGUUGGAAGGAAAACGGCAGACUCGAUGUAAUUGUAAGUGUACUGCCCGG